GAAAAGAGGUGAAGAAAAGAUUGCCCCUUCCGGGCUAAGGAGAAUACCUGGUUUGCCUGAGGCGAUGAAACAGGCCAGUCUUUAAAAAGUGUUCGGCGCCGCAUGUUUGUCUAUCGCCGCGGCCCAAACGACAAGAUGAGCGGACGGUUAUGACACCAUGAAGAGCUACCAUGGGGAGCGCAGCCAGUCACGUGAACACCCCUGCCACUGUGUCCCAGAGGCCUGUGACCCGCCAAUGGAAUACAUCCACCAUAACCAGGAAGCUCGCCCGCCAUACCUCCUCAGUCCGAGCGAGCCGUGUUCUUUGGACCACUACUGCCCCUCGCGGAGCUCGGCCGAGGCGCCCCUCAGCCUAACGGAACCGCUCUCUGGGGCCAGCAGCAGCAGCACCUUCCCUAGGAUGCACCACACGCCCCAGCAGUACGACUCCUGCGACGAGUGCAUGGCGGCGGCUGCCGCCGCUGCGGCCCAUCCGUCCGGCAAGAUCAACCGGCUGCCCCCCACCCUCCUCGACCAGUUUGAGAAGCAGCUGCCCCUGCACCACGACGGCUUCCACACCUUGCAGUACCAGCGGGCCAGCAGCACCGAGCAGCCACGCAGCGAGAGCCCCAGCCGUAUCCGGCACCUGGUCCACUCGGUCCAGAAGCUCUUUGCCAAGUCCCAUUCCCUGGAGGCCCCCUCCAAGAGGGAGUACAACGGCACCAAGAUGGAAGGCCGCGGGGGCGAAGGGGGCUACCACCCCCACCACCCGCACCACCCGCACCACCCCCACCGCCAGUCACGCCACGGCAAGCGCAGCAAGAGCAAAGAGCGCAAGCCGGACUCCCGCCACCGGAACAAGAUGAUGGGCUGGUGGAGCUCCGACGACAACCUGGACAGCGACAGCAGCUACAUGGUGUCCGGGAGGCAGCACGCCGCCGACCAGUCCACCCAGUACUGCGUGGACACCCCUGAAAGUGCCUUCAGAGAUUUGACCUUGAAAAGUCUGAAGAGCGGAGGUGGAGAAGGCAAGUGUCUUGCUUGCGCCGGCAUGUCCAUGUCCCUCGACGGCCAGACGCUCAAGAGGAGCUCCUGGCACACCAUGACCGUCAGCCAAGCCCGAGAGGCCUAUCCUGGCCCAGGAAGUGGCUCAGAGAAAGCCUUGAUGCUCCAAGAAACAAAGGCCAAGGAUCGGUCCUACCAUUAUCUCCAGGUGCCACAAGAUGACUGGGGAGGAUACCCAGCCUCCGGGAAAGAUGGGGAGAUCCCCUGCCGGCGGAUGCGGAGUGGCAGCUACAUCAAAGCCAUGGGAGACGACGACAGCGGGGAGUCCGAUGCCAGCACCAAGGUGUCUCCGAAGGGAGUGACUCGACGAGAUGCGUACCGCCGCUCCUCCAGUGUAGAUCAGCCCAGGACCAACUGCUGCACGUCACCCCGAAUCCGGCCACGGGGACAAGGGUAUGGACGUUCCUUCACCACUGGGCAGAUCAACGAUGAGUUAAACCACCAGUUCGAAGCCGUGUGCGAAUCCGUUUUUGGAGAGGUCGAAUCGCAAGCGGUGGAAGCCUUGGACCUCCCCGGUUGCUUCCGCAUGCGCAGCCAUAGCUACCUAAGGGCCAUCCAGGCUGGCUGCUCCCAGGAUGAUGACUGCCUCUCUCUCUUCACCAUGGCCACCACCACCCACCAGCCUGGGCAGCCCCUCACCAGCAGCAUCCUCAAGCCAAGCACCUCCUUUACUUACAGGAAAGCUCCGCCUCCGCUCCCUUCAGGAAUCAAAGCCAAGCCCCUCAUUUCGGUGACCACACAAAGCAGCAGCGAGUCCGCCCACGACAGCUUCCUGCCCAGAGAGGUCAACAGGAGCCCCUCGUGGUCCAAAGAAGCCACCAAGCGCUGCAAUUCCACGGAGAGUUUAGAAAGCAGCAAGGUCACUGCCAUGUCUUUGGACUUGCCUUCCAUCCAGCCCAGGACUGCCCCCAAACCUUCCACUCUCAUCAUCAGGACAAUUGCAGGAAGGGAAGAGCUGAGGAGUUUGGCUCGGCAAAGGAAAUGGCGGCCUUCCAUCGGCGUUCAGGUGGAAACCAUAUCCGAUUCGGACACAGAAAGCAGAAGCCGCCGAGAGUUCCACUCCAUCGGGGUGCAAGUGGAAGAGGACAAAAGGCGUGCUCGGUUCAAACGGUCCAACAGCGUGACGGCCGGGGUGCAAGCGGACCUGGAGGUGGAAGGGCUGGCCGGCCUAGCGGUCUCGACGGAGGACAAGGCCCUUCAGUUCGGCCGCUCCUUCCAGCGCCAUUCCUCCGAACCCGAGUCCACCAGGCAAUACUCGGUCUACAAGACGGUGCACACCCAGGGACAGUGGGCCUACCGGGAAGACUACCAGAUGCAGUACGACACCAUGGAAGUGCCACGCCAGGAUUCCUGGAUGGACCGGGGUUCGCGCAGCCUGCCGGAUUCCGGACGCGCUUCGCCGUGCCACCGGGACGGGGAAUGGUUCAUCAAGCUCUUGCAAGUGGAGGUGGAGAAGAUGGAAGGCUGGUGUCAGCAAAUGGAGCUGGAGGCGGAGGAUUAUGACCUGCCGGAAGAAAUCCUCGAGAAGAUCCGUAGCGCCGUCGGUAGUGCCCAGCUCUUGAUGACUCAGAAAGUACAGCAGUUCUACCGGCUUUGCCAACAGAAUAUGGACCCCAAUGCAUUCCCUGUGCCCACUUUCCAGGACCUGGCCGGAUUCUGGGACCUCCUGCAGCUCUCCAUUGAGGACGUCAGCAUGAAGUUUGCUGAACUUCACCAGCUCAAAGCCAACGGCUGGAAACCCAUUGAGCCCAAGGAGGAGACGAAGGUGCCUCCCCCGAUACCAAAGAAGCCGCCGCGCUCCCGGCUGCAUCCGGUGAAGGACCGCUCUCUGGAUUCCGUCGACCGGCAGCGCCAGGAAGCCCGCAAGAGGCUCCUGGCAGCCAAGCGGGCUGCCUCUUUCCGCCAGAGUUCGGCCACCGAGAGCGCGGACAGCAUCGAGAUCUACAUCCCGGAAGCCCAGACCAGACUGUGA